GUGGGAUUAAUUAAGGUUAUUAAAUUAAAUCUGUGUUGGAUUUAUAAGACGACGUGUUGGAAAGGAUUACAUUUUAAACUUGCAAGAUUUGUUCGGGCCUUGAGUGGCGAAUGAUACUACAGUGGUGACUGCUAGCUAGAGGUCGUGGGAACGAAUCAUGCUGGGAAGUCUGUGGUUCAUGCUCCUGGCUUUGACGGUGCAGGACACUAAAACGGAAGCUGUCGAUGACUGUCCGAGCGGGUGGUACCAGAACCAGGGUCAGUGCUACAACUUCGUGACGACCCAGCUAGCGACCCAGCAGAGAGCGACCUUCUACUGCCAGCAGUUUCACGCUUCACUGAUCUCCAUCGACACGGCUGAUGAGCACGUCUUUGUGCAGAAGUGGCUGACGUCUUACGACACGGGACGACACCCCUGGCUAACCAGCGGAUACAGAGACCUGACCGGUAGAAUGUUCUGGGAGUCGGAUGAGAGUCCGAUCAAAACGGAUUUUUUCCCAGACGACGCCAGCCGUGAACGGACGUACGAGGACGCGGCCACGGGCAGCGAGUACAACGUCAUUGCAUACAAGUUCUCAGAUUCCCUGAAUGAGUACCGCUGGCGAUGGAUGCGUCUUGUCGAGCCAGGCUACUUCGUGUGCGAGAUGAGCAAAGUAAACACCUGGAAAAUGUAUCAGCAGGCUCGGGACUUCUCCUACGGUACUGGCAUCAGUGACGUCAGCCUACUACAGAUGGCGCCAAACAUCACCUACCAGUCCAGGGACGUGGUGUUCUUUGAAUACGGCACCGGUACGACCACGGUGGUGCUGGAUUGUGUUGCCUCAGGUAACCCCUCACCUGAAUACCGUUGGUAUAGGGGAUCUGACAGCUCUAACAUGAAGACGGAAAUCACGCCGGACGUAAGCACGAGGUACGCCAUCUCCAAUGGGAGACUUACAAUCACCAACCCCGACCAAAAGUUGGAUUCUGGUAUUUACACCUGCAAGGUUUCCAACCCUUUAGGAACCGCCUUGUCCAACCCUAUUCAAGUUUCGUAUGGAUAUGUAGGUCAGUUCUCAAACGUCCAACCCAGCAUCAUAGACGCCGUCAUGUACAUGGGGAUAGAGAUCACGUGUCAACCCCCUGCCCAUAACACAGAGCUAAGCUACACCUGGUACAAGACAGACAUGAUCUUCAUUAAACCAGAGUUCAACGCCCAGUACUUCUUGUCUAGAAAUGGGAGGCUAUACAUCUCAGAGGUCCAGCCUGCAGAUCAAGCCGAAUAUUUCUGUAUUGUCUUCAUGACCCCAGGGAAUGGAAAGGACAUGACCUUGUCACAGGCGCCCUCAAGGACGUCCUUGGGUAUACCCCUCAAGGUGAAGGGCGGAAAUGCCAACACUUAUGGGCCCGAUAUACAAGACAGAUUUCCGCAGUACUUUCCCUUGGUGCCAAUGGAAGGGGACGAGGUUCAAAUCGAAUGUCUGGCAUACGGGAGGCUUCCCCUCUACUACUCUUGGGUGCGGGAGGACGGACCCCUCCACCCCCGGGCUUACACGAAGGACUACAACCGUGUCCUGGUCCUACCGUCGGCUCGGAUAGAGGACACUGGGUCCUACACGUGUAUAGUCAAGUCUGACAGCGGUAGAGCAAACAAGACAGUGUACCUGGGCUUGAAAGCCCGGCCAAGUUUCCCCUACCCUCUCCUCAACCAGCACGCCGAUGAAGGUCGACCUUUGACCUGGACGUGCAACGCCCUUGGGGUGCCGAAACCCACCUACAAGUGGUACAAGGACGGUGACGUCAUCACAUCCGGGUCACUGGACGGAGUAAAGGUAACUCGGAAUAUUUUGAAUUUUGAGAAAGUGGAGGCGAAGAAACAUAACGGAGUUUAUCAAUGCGAGGCUACCAACAUACAUGGCACAGCAAGAUCUAGUGCUCAGCUUAGAGCUUUAUCUCUAGCUCCGACCUUCUGGGCCAGCCCGGUGGAGGCGUCUAAACAAGCCGCCCUGGGGGGUAACGUGACCAUCCCCUGCCUCCCCCAGGCGGCGCCCCGUGCCACCAUCAAGUGGGUGAAAAAUGGCGCCGAGGUGGGGCGGGUUCUGCCCAGUGGGGCGCUGGAGCUGACAGCCCUCACACAGGCCGACGCUGGGAUCUACACCUGCGUGGCGACUAACGAUCUAGGUGAAGCAGAGUCAAGCUGUUUGCUGAUGAUACAAGGCGAGAUGGUGCUGGUCGAGACUCCCACUGACCUCGUCAUAGAGGUCAACGCUACUGGUGUUCUCCCCUGUCGCGCGUCCUAUGACGUCAACAAGAUGGACGUGACCUACUCCUGGAUGUUCUUCUCGCACGUCAUCGAUUUCAGUCCUGAAGGUCAAGGUCGAGAUAAGGCGCAUUACGCUAUGCCUUUCUCACUGAACCAAGAAUCUGGCAUGUUGUACAUCAUGGCGGCUCAAUUCAGGCAUGCCGGGCUGUACACAUGUGUGGUAACUACGACGACAGGGUCGAUAACUGCUAGCGCCUAUGUUACGGUAAAUGGCCCCCCGGGCGAGCCCAUGGGUGUCCACGUGAAGCCCAUCGACAAAACCCUGGGGCAGCUAGCAGACAACAUCGCCUUGUGGUGGCAUGAUGGCGAGGUCAGGGGAUACCCUGUUACUAAAUAUAGCAUCGAGUACUUGUCACAGUAUGACCAGGAGUGGAAAAUUCUUAAAGAAGGUGUGUCAGUACAAGACACAAACAUCGAAGCCUACCCCACCUGGCGGAAGUUCGACAUCAAGGAGGGGUUGUCUCCCGGCACUGGCUACAAUUUCCGGGUCAGUGCUGGUAACGACCAGACGGGCUACGGAGAGCCCAGCACCGGACCUUACCAAUCGUAUUACAUAGUAUCAGCCCCCCCUAUAGAGGCUCCAACAAAUGUUGGGGGUGGGGGCGGAAGUGUGGGACAGCUGAUUAUUACUUGGAAUCCUCUACCCAGGAGCGCGUGGGGCGGGCCGAACGUCCGAUACAUCCCCUACUACCGGAGACAAACAGAAGGAGGAAGUAGUCGAAAAUGGGAAACACCAGUAGAAAUUCAGGACACAUACCUUCAUGUUGUAGUUGGAGUAGAGUUCUACUACACACCUUACGAGGUCAAAGUUCAAGCCGUGAAUGACAAGGGCAGGGGACCUAACUCUACUGUAGCUAUCGUCUACUCGGCGGAAGACAUGCCCAACCUGACGCCAACGUCCAUUUCCUUUGAGGUCAUCAAUGGGACAGCAGCUACUGUGUCGUGGGAGCCUGUACCUAACACACGGGAGGCCGCUAGGGGGACGGUCUUUGCUUAUCAGGUGAACUACUGGGAGGAGCCGACCACCCUAUGCCUGGGGAUCAACGAGCACCAGGCUCUGUUUAACCGUUUCUAUGGCGACGCCUCCACUGGUCUGCUGAUUGGCAUGGAACCGGAGGGCCACUACUGUUUUAACAUCCAGUUCAUCAACCACGCCGGGAUGGGGCCCAAGACGGAUAAUUACAAUUUUAAUUUAAAUUUGAGAGCACCUGGCUACUACCCGGAGUUUGUCACCGUCUCCUCCCACGGCAACGAGAGUGUCCGUCUAACGUGGAGGGGCGUGGUCGUCCACCUAGGGGAGGAGACGAUUAUUGGCUACAAGGCCUGGUGGUGGAAUGUGAGGGAGGAUAUUAGAACAGCCAGAAUAGCCAUAUUUGACCGGUCGGGAACUGGGGUCCUGCAUGGGGUGGAGCCAAACGUCAUCUACUCGGUGCGAGUGUUGGGGUACAGUAUAGGAGGGGACGGGAAGAAGAGCCCGGAUGUCUAUUUUACCUUAGAAGGUCAAAUCCCAUACGAUCCAUUGACAACGAAUAUUUUAAACUCAGCUAGAACUCUACAUCUGAGGACACUGCCCUGUCUAGUUAGUGUGGUGGUUUCUAUUACGUUAAGUCAAUGGAGAUGAUUACCUGCAUUAUGUUGAUUAGAGAUACUCAUGUAUUGUGCUAUUAGAAGAUUAUUGGGUUUGUUAAUGCGUGAUUUUGGGAAUGUGUCAUUGUGAAAAAUAAGUGUGUUUGGAGUAGGCCUAUUUGUUUCUGGGAAUUUGUGUUUUUGGAAAUGAGUGAUUUUUUUUUAUUUAUUUAUUUUUUUUGCAAACAUGUGUUUUUGGGAAUAAGUGUCUUUGUGAGUUUUUUUGAAGAUUUCUGUCUUUGCAAUGUGUAGUAGAUCUCUGGUUUUAUUCUAGACAUAAACACACAUACACACACACAAACACAAACACACUCACACGUACACUAACGCACACACACACUAACGCACACACACACACACACACACAAACACACACAAAUGCACACACACACAAAUGCACACACACACACAAACGCACACACACUCACACAAACGCACACACAUACACAACAUAUACUCAGUCAAAUCCUUAUCCAUCUGCAUCUUGAACCACAGGGUUUUUAACUUUUUACUUGAUGUAAAGUGUGAACCACAGGGUUUUUAAACUGACUCCAGUUUUAACUUUUUACUUGAUGUGAAGUGUAAAAAUAAUGUUUACACCAUUUUAAAUAUCAUCGUCCGUUCUGUACAUAUUAAGCAUUUUUAACUUCUCCAUUUCAGUUUCAUUAAACUAUUCUUCAAGCAUGUUUAGUGUUUGUACUAUUGUUUUUAAAAAGUUAGAGUACGAUAGUUUAUAACUGUUAACUGAAUCUAAAAUUCAUUAUAAGUCCUCGUAAAAAAAAAUUAUAAACUUGGUUUUUUUUUCAAGUGUGUGCAGUUAAAAUAUUGUUUUGGUUAGAUAUGGGCUAGCUAUGUCACCACGUUGGUGACACCUGGUGCUAGGCCCCGGGGUUUCAAAACCACCACCAGACGCACCCCCAAGGGACGCCAAUGUUUAUUUUUGGGGGCUUCAUAAAUAACAACACUAAACUAGAAGGGAAAAUAGUAAAAGCAUGUUUUACAUAUUUGAAUGAGAGUGUUAUUUAUAUUGAAAUGUCUUUCUUACUAUCUUCAUUAGUUAAUUGUAGAUUUUAGCGUGUUAUAAAACAUUGAAUACUUGUAUUUGAACAUUUAUAUUUUUAUA